AUGGCGGCCUUCGAUGGAACAUCCUGCCCCGAGGAACACUUGAUGGCAUACAAAAACUUGAUGUUGCUGUACACCACCAACCCGGCAUUGUGGUGCAAAUUCUUCCCAACUACUCUCACAGGAGUAGCCUUGACGUGGUACACCUCUCUUCCAGGGAGAAGUAUCCACACCUUUCCCCAAUUAGAGAGCAAAUUCCUGGGUCACUUUGUGGCAUCCAGAAGGCAGGAGAAAUCAAACUUCCAUUUGCUUAGCAUAACGCAACUGGAAGGGGAAUCCAUAUCAUCGUAUCUGAGGAAAUUCCAUGAGGCAGUGCUGGAGGCACAUGACCCAAAGAGGCGUAAAUCAGAAAAGAAGGAUCCAAUAUCCAAUCGCUCCUCAAGGAGCGUAGAGGAACAUCCAUCUAGGAGGGAUAAAAAUUACAUGUCGCAUCGUCCAGAGCCUCCAUCAGACAUGGGACCUCCACGAUCCCGGCACGUAUAUGCCGUUGAAGGGGAGUCCAGGACGCGGAAUUUGCUUGAUGGAGGUAAUGACCCGAGGUUCAAUUGGAACAGGAAGGACAUUUUCUUCGCUGUUCGGGAUGAGUUGCCAACUCCACCUCCUAUUACCACUCCCUCCGAUCGACGCAACUACAAUCUGUGGUGUGAUUACCACAAAGAGCACGACCACACUUUGUCCCAAUGCCGCGAACUCAAACGUAUCCUACAUCAACUAGCCGACGAGGGGGAGCUAUCAAGGUUCAUCAAUCGAAAGGACUAUGGCACGAGAGGCGACGCGGAAAGAAGGCCUUGGAACCAGAAAAGAAACGAGGCUAGGCGUGAAAGUUCCAACACACAAGGAACCAUCAAUAUGAUUUUCAGCGGCUACACCGAGGAAUAUCCCACAAUCCGCGCUGCGAAAGGCAGCGUCCAUACUCUGUUCAAAGGACCCCCAAAAACCACCUCAAGUGGGCCGAUCAUGAGAUUUGAUGCCACUACUUCCCAACCGUUGCAACAACCACACACUGAUCCUUUAGUGCUUACCAUCAUGAUUGGGCAAAUGAUGGUGAGGCGAGUAUUGGUGGAUACCGGAAGCACAGCCGAUCUUAUAACGAUGGAAUGCCUAAGAAAAAUGAAAUUCGAAGAAAAGCACCUGUAA